AUGAAGUUUUUCGAGUCUUCGCACAUUUUUCGCUACCCGUGGUCACAUGUUUCGGCCGCUAACUGGCGCAAAUAUCCAAAUGACAAUUGUCCGCAUGUUAUAGCAGUUGACGUUCUAGAUAGACAUGUUGACCCAGUAACAGGUAUACUUAGAACUGAACGUUUGAUAACGUGUCAACAGAACAUUCCAAAAUGGAUCUUAACACUGUGCGGUGGCUCGACUGUGUCUUAUGCUCGGGAAAUCAGUGAAAUUGAUCCCAAGAAUAAAGUGCUUCGGAUGACGAGUUAUAAUCUAUCUAUGAAUCAUUUGGUUAAUGUUUCCGAGACUGUCACUUAUACUGAAGAUCCAAAAGAUUCAUCAAAGACAUUGUUUCAACAAGAAGCUCGAAUAAAAUGUGGUGAAUCUAUCUCAAAAUUUGCUAAUUAUCUCGAAGACUUUUUCAUUGCUCGUUUUCGAGAUAAUGCAGCUCAAGGACGACAAGGAUUCGAGAAUGUAUUGGAUCGAUUAUUAGGGCAAGGGGAAACUGCUUAA